AUGUCGCGCUUUGUCGAACUCGGUCGCAAGAUUGUCGCUAUUGGUCGCAACUACCGCGAGCACGCUGCAGAGCUCAACAACCCGGUGCCAAAGGAGCCGCUCUUCUUCCUCAAGCCGACGACGUCGUACCUGCCCACCGGCAAGACCAUCCUCAUCCCGGACGGCGUCGAGCUUGAUCACGAAGUCGAGCUCGCGGUCGUGAUUGGCAAGACGGGCGCAAACAUCACCAAGGACGCUGCGAUGGAGCACGUCGCGGGUUACGCACUCGCGCUGGACAUGACUGCGCGCAACCUGCAGGCUGUCGCAAAGGCCAAGGGACUCCCCUGGACCAUUGCCAAGGGCCAGGACGGCUUCUGUCCGAUCAGUGCGUUGAUUGAAAAGGAAAGCAUCAACCUCGCAAACACGCGCAUCUGGCUCAAAGUCGACGGCGAAAUCAAGCAGGACGGCAACACGCGCGACAUGAUCUUCAACGUGCCGACCAUCAUCAGCUAUGUCAGCCAGUUCAUGACGCUCGAGGAGAACGACGUGAUUCUCACCGGCACUCCUGCUGGCGUUGGUCAAGUCAAGCCCGGCCAGGUGAUUGAGUGCGGUCUCGGCAGCGCCAUGACCAUGAGCUUCCCUGUUGGCUCGCGCGCUGCUCCCAAGCUCUGA